AUGCCAGCCUAUCAUUCUAUUUUGACGGAUUCUACAGUAUCUGUAGGAAACCUGGCCUUAUUGCCGGUACGAACCAAAUUCCGAGGACCAGCCCCCACAGACCCAAAGCUAGAAUUAGAUAUAAUUGACGAAGCAAUAAAUUAUUUCAAGUCUAACGUAUUCUUUAAAUUUUAUGAAAUCAAGUCUAACUCGGACAGACUUCUUAUUUAUUUGACGCUGUAUAUAACAGAAUGUUUGAAGAAACUGCAGAUGUGUUCUGACAAGAAACAAGGGCAAAGUGAAAUGUAUAUACUUGCUAUAUCCAAGUUUUAUAUUCCUGGGGAACCUGGAUUUUCAUUGAAUUCAGUUUAUGCAAAACCGCCAAGUCCCCAAGAAUCUGAUUUGAUGAGGCUAUAUCUUCAGCAACUGAGACAUGAAACUGGAGAAAGGAUCUGUGAGAAGCUUAUUAAUGUCCCACUCCUCGGCACAGGUCGUAGAAUGGGUUUCCCGAGUAGGUGGUGGCUAUACGGACUACCGCCACUAGUGAUGAAAACCAAGACUGACGACCUAAAACUAAAAUUCUUAUGCGAACCUGGUGAACUGGAGUCAUGCAUAGACCUAGCAACGAGAGAGUCAUACUAA